AUGGGUUAUACGAACGGCGUUGCGAUAUUUGCGAUCAUUUUUAUACUCCUGACCUCCUGCUUCAUCUUUCUGUUGCAUAUGUUUCGUUUAUAUCGUAGCGGCAUUUCAAGUGGACUAAGAAAUGGAAAUUAUCAUGAACGCCCUAAGGAAAACAAAGAUGACGAUAGGCCUUGUAACGAUGUGGACAAGGAAGGCUCUGUAGAAGAGAAAUCCAACCUUCCCGAUGACCCUGAUGGCAGUGCCUACCUUGAGCCCAUACAGAUUAUAAGGGACGCCACUCACGACGUCACUCCAGGCAUUACUAACUCCGGUGUUGAAGGGAUUUUGAACAGACUACUUGAUUCUGGGUCUAUGCAGACGUUGAUCCGGAGUGUGCCUGUACAUCUUGAGGAAUAUGAUUGCACCCAGCCUUCUGAGAACCUUUUAAAGAAUUGGUGUAAAAACAUUCUACCAUGUAACAGCACGAGAGUUAUUUUGACGCCCCUGUUUGACAUUCAAUCUACUGAUUAUAUCAACGCUAGCCACAUUGAGGGUUUUGGAGGAGGGCUGGAGUACAUUGCUUCACAGGGUCCCCUUGACACGACCGUGGGAGAUUUUUGGAGGAUGAUUUGGGAGCAGCGAGUGUCUGCUGUCAUCAUGGCUGCCAAUUUUCAUGAGACGUCUGAGAUGUAUCCUGGCUGUCGCCUUGCCGAGUAUAUUAGGGUCGGGCCACCUCUUCAAGGGAGCGGAUUCACUGUUACCAUUCUCAAGUCACGCUUGAUAAAGGAAUUUUCUUCUUCGACUGUUCAGAUUGAGUACAAUGGCGCCACGCACACCUUGGAGCACUACCAUCAUCCUAAGUGGGAGAAAAACCCACACAAGAACGUCACCCGAUCCCUGGCGGCCAUGCUGCGGCAUUUCCUGGAUAAGCAUAAAGAGGGGAAAGUAGUGGUUCACUGCACAGAUGGCUUUGAAAGGACUGGAACGGUGCUCGCAGCGUUACUUCUGAUGGAAAUGAUCAAGCACGAAAAGCGCUUGGACGUCAGUGAAGUGUUUACACGUCUGCGAAGAUGCCGUCCUGGGUUGCUUAAGCAGCAGGAAGAGCUUGACCUUGCAUUGGCCACUUUGGAUGAGCUUUUGCAUGGUCUUGUUACCGCUCACAACGCUUAUGAGUUCAAGAGAAAUUUCAUGGAAAUCAUAAAGAGAUCAAAAGCUUUGUUCAAGAAGGCUCAAGAAGUCAAGUCUUUCCCGAAUCCUGAGACAGUUCAGCGACCUCCUCGCCUCAACGUGGACAGCUGUCGUGUGAUGCUGGACGUGGAAGAUACGACCGGAGAUGAAAGCCUCGAUAAAGAUGAAGAAGAUGAGAAAGAGGAUCUCUAUGCCAUAAAUCAAACGCAGGACGAUCUGCUGCAUCCGAGUCAGAGAUGUAUCAACGCCGUUUGGGUUGAUGGUUACGACCGGAGACGGGAUGUCAUCGUGACGCAGCAUCCGCCGGAGGCCAUGAGAGCUCGGUUCUGGCGACUCGUGCUCCAGAACCGCUGCCACGACGUUGUCCUCGCCAAUAAUUACUUAAAUGGCGAUGCGCGAGAAUACCCGGCACUCAUACCUGGCGAGGGCGGAGAAGCAACCUUCGGGGAAUGCUCGGUACAAGUGCUAGCUGCUCAAGCGCCAGCUCAGUCUAUUAUCGAGUAUCAAGUGAAGGUCACACUGCGUGAAGACGAGGUUUUAAUGGUCAGAGUAUACAAGAUCACCGACUGGCUUUACGGACGAGAGCUUCCUCAGUCUCCAGGAAUUGUGAAUUCCUUGACGGAGCUUUUGCAUGAUACCCCAUCGACCCCUCAUACAGGUCCCAAGCUGUUUUGCUGCGGGGAUGGUGUGACAGCAAGCGGACUGCUCGUGGGUGCUUUGUGCGUGCUACAGAGGCUCCGCUCCAGUCAAGAGGUUGACAUAUACCGGACUGUUAUAUCGCUUAGGAGAUUCUGUCGUGAAUUUAUAACCUCUGAGAGCCAGUUCGAGCACCUGUAUUCUGUUGCUGUUCGUUACAUCGACAGUUGGAUGAUCUACGAGGAAUUAGAAUAAGUGAAAUGAUGCCAAGAAUCCAGAAAGGAUCGGAGAAUCUAAGAUGUAGAAGAUCGGCGAAUCCAAUCUUAUACAACUGUCGUGAUUCGUACCUACUUUGUUAUUGUGAUAUAAUUAUAAUUUAUUGUGCCAUGUUAUUGUCUCUUAACCGAGGAAUUUGAUCUUCCACUGAAAUGGUUAAGUUAUAUGAAUUUCUCAUGUUGAUUUUGAAGGUAAAAUUUGCAUAACCAAAAUAAAAUGCACAUUCUGAACGCAGGCACAAAUGAACGUGUUCUUCGUCGUUAUUCCAACAGACGGUAAGCUCUGCGGUAAGUUACCAAAAUUGUAUUAUUUUUCUUGAGAUGUUGUUUAUUAUAUUUCAUCCAAUGGUUUUCCUUACUCAUAGUUAACUUUUAUUAUGAUAUUGAUAUAUAUGUUCAUUCAUGGAUAUCUCGAUCUAA